AUGUCCAGAUAUCACUCCAGGCAUGGCGGCGAAGGGGGCCAAGGAGACUUUCGUGAAUAAACUGGGCUUUAAAAGCAGCCAUUCAAAAUCAAUGGAGAUAGAGAUCGAGAAACUGAAGAGAGAGAACCAGCAGCUGAAGAAAAGUCUGGAGGACACGAAGAGAGCUGGAAGACAUCCAAACACGCAUCCAGACUCGGACAAAGCCAAACUUCUGGAGAGGAUCUUGGCCCUGGAGACGCAGAGGGAGAGGAACUCGCAGCAGCUGCUGGGGAAGGAGCAGGAGAUCUCCAGCCUCAGACAGCAGCUGCGCGCCGCUCACGGGGACGUGGUGUCUUCACUGCAGAGCCAGCUGGAGCAGAAACAACAGGAGGCUGAACAGCGAGAGACACAGUUUCAGGCUCUCUCGAAGGAGACCGAAGACCUGAAAAACAAGUAUUGUGCCGUUUCUGAGAGGUGUGACACACUUGAGAAACAAAAGGUUCCGUCUGGUGAGCUUGCGGUGGUUCAGGAGCAGUUGCGAGACGCCCUGGAGAAGAACCAUAACUGGCUUGUUUAUGACCAGCAGCGGGAGGCCUACGUUAAGGGUGUUUUGGCCAGGACCAAAGAGUUAGAGACGCAGUUAAAUGAAACAAAUCAAGCACUCCAACAACAGCACAAAGAAGCCAAUUCAGAUGGCCAGUCUGGGCAGGUGGCUCAGCAUGAACUUGAGGCCGAACGGGCCCGAGUCACCCGAGUCCAGACAGAACUGGAGGAUCUGAGAGGAAGGUAUGAGGAGAAGAGCCGGGAAGCAGCUCAGGCACGGGAGCAGCUCCUGGAGGAGAGGAAACGUGAGCGGGAGGCUCUGCAGGAGGAGAGGAGGCGUUCAUCAGAGCGAGCCGCUCGACUGCAGGGAGAGCUGGAGGAGGAGAGGAGGAGGGUGGCCGAACUACUGAUGCAGGUGAAUCUACUGCAGAAAUCCCUGAUGACUCAGCAGGAGGAGCAGAAAAGAAUCGCUAGUUUGGAACAACAGAUGCAGUUGUCGGCCAGAGAAUCUGAAAAUGAAAAACUGGACCGUCAAACUCUACAGCACCAGCUGCAUAAAGUUUUGAAAGAGCUUCGGAAGGCCAGAGACCAGAUUACACGCCUGGAGUCUGCCAAACAGCAGAGAGAGUCUCGCUUCUCUGAGCCCAGCUCCUGUAACAGGAUGGAUUUUGAGAGAUUGACUAUUCAAGAUCGAACCACGUCUCCAUCUAAAGUCCAUAACCUACUAGAUGAGAGUUUGCUGGAGUGUCCGAACUGUGGCGCUUCCUACCCCACCAGCCAGCACAGAGAGCUGCUCGCCCACCUCGACUACUGCUUCAGCUAAAACACACGCUUCUGAAACAUAGAAAUCUUAUGAUGUAGGAUGAUUUUUUAAAAACUUUUAUUAUAGUCACCAUUCCAAAGAAUUGCUUCAGUAUUUUAUAGUAACAGGUAUUUUAUUACUGUUUUUAAGAAUAAGAAGCGUCAAAUUUUUAAAUUUGAAUUUAAAAAAAAAGGAAUAUUCUUUCCUGGAAUAUUCACAAAAG